AUGACGGCAAUUCUGAACAGAGAGUUACUCCGGAAAUGUACGCGCACCCAACCGGUGUGCUACUUUUGUCGUGGCUUUACCAGCAGUUCUCCUUCGUUCGCGGGACAUAAUCGAUGGUCCCAGAUCAAACAUGACAAGGCAAAGAAUGACAAGGCGAAAAGUAAGGAACGCCAAAUUAUCGGCAAGGAAAUUAGUAGCGCAACGCAAAUGUGGGGAGCGGAUCCAAAGUUCAAUCCUCGGCUGACCCUUGCCCUCUCGAACGCCAAACGAGCCGGAAUUCCAAAGACCGUGAUUGAGGCAGCGAUCGCAAGAGGCCAGGGUAUAAGCGUAACUGGCGAGGCUCUCGAGCAAGUUACCAUCGAGGCCAUACUGCCCCAUUCCGUUGCAGCCGUGAUCGAAUGUCAAACUGACCAGAAGGCGCGCAUCUUGCAAGAUCUCCGCUAUGCUAUCAAGGAUGCUGGUGGAACCGUCACUCCGACUACGUAUCUCUUUGAAAAGAAGGGGAGGAUAAUAUUCGAAAAGAAAGACGGUCUGAACCCGGAUGACUAUCUUGAUCAGGCUAUUGAAGCUGGUGCUAUGGACAUUACGGCAGAUGAAGGCCGUCUCAUCGUGUUCACUGAGCCAACAGAAACAAAGAGUGUGGGCGAAGCUCUGACAAAGUCAUCUCAGCUCACGAUUGAAGAAUUAGAAAUAAUUUGGGAUCCGAAUCAAGACACGUUGGUCGAACUGACGGAGGAUGAACACGUGAGGGAAAUAGAGGAUAUCCUCAGUGCCCUUCGUGAGGAGUCGAGCGUUCGGGAUAUCUAUCUGAACACUACUCAACAGCUCUGA